GAAUAACAUGUUUGCAUCUAUAUAUGCAUUCGGAAAUGGAGUUACUCCAACUUGCUCUCUAAAAGGGACUCUCUAAAAAGGACCGCAUAACAAUGAAAUUCACUAUUUAAAGUAGUACAAAAGUUACUUUCGCUUUCAGGAACUGAUGACUUUUCAAUGGAAGUGCGAGUCACUGAAAAUCUAUAGAGUGUGUUUUGUCAACACAGCGCGGCAACUUUAAUCUCAAAUUGUCAUAUACAUAUAUAUAAUGUUUGAAAAUGUCACUAACCUUUGCUGUGAUGUUAUCUGUACAGUAAGUUUUGUUUUUUGACCUCAAAAAGAAUGUCUAUUUAUCGUCUGACUAUUUAUCCAUAAUUUAGUUGGAAAUAUUAUAAAUUAAAAAUUUUAUACAAUCUGUUAUUAUUUUGCUGUUGUUUACCCUACUUUCUGUUUUUGCAGUGGGAGGAUGAGAAAUCGCAUACAAUGAACUCUUCGAUCGUUAACUUGCGUCCUUGAAAUGUUUUACACGCGUACACAGCCAGACAGAACGCGCACCUGUAUAUGAGGUCUACAUGUAAAAACCUCACUCAGGGCUAAAACAAUGUACUUGUCGAUAUUAAAAAUAUUUCGAAAUAAUUCUAUUAAUUAUUAGGUUGUCACUCUCAAUAUUCGCAGCCAUCAGAGCAUGUAACUAAAAGUGGUCCCUUAUCAGCUGAGCUUAUAAAUUUUACUGAAUGAAUGCACAUAUGCAACAUGUUUUACAGUAUUUGUUUUUAUAAACUUUUAGGCAGAUCCAAAUGUGCAGCUGAAUUAUCUGACCCAAGUGUCGAGAGGGCAUUGAUCAAGUUGGUUAUUUUGCAUAAAUUAUUAGAAUUUGUGCGGAAUGGAUGAGACGCAGGGCAGGAAAGUAAUGUUUUUAGAUAGAGGUCAUCGGGACCGGCAACUGUAAGACCUUCACCGAGACCCAGUUGGUCGACAUUGGAGUUACACACUCGUCAUGGCAGAACCCCACCUACCCUAUUAUUCUGCCCGCCAGCGCUGAUACACACACCUUGUCCUGGAUGGUGAUGGCUGCACCUGGAGCUGGCUCGUGACGCUGAAGCUUUUGUGACGCAGGCGCAUCUCAAUUCAAAGUCUAUUCAGCAAUGAUGCCGACGCGACUUGCUUCUGAUUUUGCAUUCAGCACUGUUUUUCUAUCGGAACAGGACGACCAGGACACUGUGCGCGCUAAACAAGCUAAUAUUCUCAGUGAUCUUCCCGAGCUCGUCGAACGCACUUCCUUCGCUCCUCGAGAGCCUAACAUGGGAGUUGUUAAAUCUGCCUCGGAAAGCAUCCUGGAAGAAAACAUUGUACCCAGUGAAAAAGUUCAAGUUCACGCCGAGGAGUGGAACGAAAGUUUUCCGUAUCAUUUACUGAUAGGGGCUGGAGUAGCAUUAAUGGCACUUGUGUUACUAGCAGCAGUGAGCAUUCAGUGCUCUUCAACAUGGCGAUGGCUUAUGGGAGUAGCGAGGCAAGAUAAUCAGGAAAGCAACAACAGUGAUGUUUCCCAACAGAAUGCUAUUCGAAUUAGUCAUUCUUUACCUGAUCUUCAAUCAGAUCCAAUCACUCAUGAAUACGUUCAAGAGCAGAAAGAAAAUAAAAAGGUGCUGCGUCAAACGACCUUACCUAUUGUACCUAUGAGGCAUCAAAGUUUCCAAAGACAACUUUCCCAUCGGCUUGAUCUUCCAAAUAUUAAAUUUAGCAUCUGCAGUCUCGAAAAUCGUAGUGAUUCAAGUCUGGGACUCAUUAAGCCAGAGUUGUAUAAAAAAGAUUUAACAAGACAAGAAAGCAAUGAAAGUUCCAGUACGACAGACAUGGAAUAUGCUGGAAAACUACAUUUUGCUUUACGCUAUGAUCAGGAAAUUGAGGGACUCGUAGUCAAAGUGUUGGAAGCUCGAGAGUUACCAGUCAAAGAUGUAACAGGAAGCAGCGAUCCUUAUGUUAAAGUUUAUCUUUUACCAGACAGAAAGAAGAAAUAUCAAACUAAAGUUCACAGAAAAAAUUUAAAUCCAAUAUUUAAUGAGACGUUUAUUUUCAGUGUACCAUAUGAAGAUUUAAGAGAACGGUAUCUACAAUUUUCAGUUUAUGAUUUUGAUAGAUUUUCUCGUCAUGACCUGAUUGGACAGGUAGUGCUUAAGGGACUAUUAGACUGCACUGAUCUAGAAAAAGAAAUCGAAUAUACUAUGGAAAUUUUAUGUGCAAUGCAGGAAAAAGUCGACUUGGGUGAAUUAAUGUUGACGUUAUGCUAUUUACCCACUGCUGGACGAUUAACAUUAACUGUUAUAAAAGCCAGAAAUUUAAAAGCAAUGGAUAUAACAGGAUCAUCAGAUCCAUAUGUCAAGGUAUACCUUCUUUGUCAAGGGAAGAGAAUAAAAAAGAAAAAAACAAGUGUCAAGAAGAAUUGCCUGUGUCCUAUUUACAAUGAGGCUCUUGUCUUUGAUGUACCUGCUGAAAAUAUUGAAGACGUCAGCCUUAUCAUAAAAGUAAUCGAUUACGACAGAAUCGGAUCAAAUGAGUUGAUGGGAUGUACAGCUAUUGGUUCAAGCUUUAUUGGUGUUGGUCGAGAUCAUUGGCUGGAAAUGUUAGAUAAUCCAAGAAAACCAGUCGCUCAAUGGUAUCCACUCAUGGAAACAGUUGCAGGACAUAUUCCUGCUGUAUCGUCUGAACCAUUGCCUGUAAGCUUAAGUUGCUUGAAUAGCAGAUGAAGAAAACGUGAUAAAUUUCAUCUGCUGGACAGUUUUGAAAUGGACGUCCCUCUUUGUUAAAACCUUAUGGAAAAUGUUUACUCUGAUAAGAGUAUGAAAACAAAAAAUUUCUGCAUGAGUUGAACAACACACUCUGGAGUUGAAGCUGCGGAUCCUUAUCUUGCCAAAAUAAUGGAAUCAAAACCAAAAUUAAGUUCCAAUAUAAAUUCGCGUUAUUAUACUUGUACUAUGUAUUUAGGAAUUUGACGGUUAAAAAAUUUUUAUACCUCGCUGAAGAAAAAAACAUUCACCAAAUAUUACUGUGAUAUCAUUCUCUCUUAAUCGUAAAUAGUCAAGAUUAUUAUCAGUUGAAAGAUAAUUUCAACGUUAUCUCAUAAUUUUGAGUUGCAUCAAUUUAAUUUAAUGAGCUGUAUGGACAUUCCGAGCAUGCGGUUUUAAAGAGUUAUAUUCUACUGAUUUUCACUUACGAAUUUACAGUACCUAUACUAGUUAUAAUAUAAUAUUCAGAUUACUGUUGAUGUUUAACUUUAGUUUGGAACAAGGUUAUUUAAGAACAAAGCGAGCACAAUGGAUUGCUAUUUACUAUGCGUUUCAGAUUGCUACACAUGUCCAAUGCGUGGACUCAAUAGCGUCUUAUUGUUUCUUCAUUAUUACUAUUAUAAGAUGGAAAUUUAUUUGGUUAAAUGUCUACUAUAUAGUAGAAUUGUACAUGUUAAGAAAACAUUAAAAAAUGUAUUUGUUAAAUAUCUGCUUAUUAAUGCGGAGAGCUGCAGGCCGAGAUCACUCCUUUGUUUUUUAUUUUGUAAUGAAAGAGUAUCUCGAUUGUCAGAGAGAAGGUUUAGUGCAGAGAGUGGUGCCCAAAAGAUGGCCAUUAAUUUCUCUCUUACCCUAUUGUUGAGUUAAAAAUACUAAUUUAGACGAAUUGAAAUAAAGUAAGACUUUAUUUUGCUUGAAUUCGUCGUACAAAAGAAAGAAGGCUGAAAAUUAAUCAAAACCUGAAAUUGAAGAUUUCACAAUGUACACAGCUUCAUUUCUCAGGAGAAAUUAGAAAAAAAAUCCGCUAAAAUGUUGUAAAAAAUGCUCAAGUUAUACUGUCAUCUCUCCCCCUCCCCCCCCCUCUCUCUCUCUCUCUCUCUCUUUCAGUCUUUUGUUUUUAAGCACAACAUAUGAAAACAGUUUAGCUUCCAUAUGUGAAAUACUAAUAUAUAAAGAUUACAGUAAUAUUCAAAUUUCCGCCUUAUGAAAACUUUGAAUUUUUUAACAUACAUUCUUGUUUGCAUUUACAAGAACCUUUCCAUGAUAUUCCCGGGCGGGGAAGGUUAGAAAGCUUUAGUGUAAAGUUAGGGAAGAGUUCUAUUUCUCCUUUUAGGAGACCUGUGUAUUUAUAUACGCUUAGUUUAAUAUUAUAAACAUAACGCUUAAAAGCAAAACUUAAAAUCCUGUACAACUUGAACCGCUUACUUUAUAAAUUAUGGACUAGAAAUUCAACCUUGAUACAGAUCAAGUGUGAAUCUAAAGAACCCAAGUUUUAUAAAAUUUUAAGACUCUUAGAUAAAUUUCUAAUGAUUGUUCUAUUAAUUUACUAUUGUCAAUUAUUAUACUAUUAUUAUUAUUAUCAUCAUCAUUUCGAAUAGUAUUUUGAAAGAUUAGUUUUUUCAAUUUCUUAAUUGAAACUAUUAAUUAAAAACGAAAAAGUAUUAAGAAAUAAAAAUGAAGGUUUAAAGAAUGUUCUGUUAAUAAUUAUCAAGUUUGGUGAGCUCGCUAGAAGUUUCCCUUAACCUCACGCAGACUAUACUUGGGUAAAAUAAUAAACUUUUCUCAAAGGUCACAGUAUAGACUGAAUGAUGACGUUCCUUAUAAUUUUCAAGAAGAGUGUAAUAACAUAAUAUGAUAAACGAAUAAACUAGAUUAAGUAUGCAAUAUUUGAUGCAAUAAGAGUUUAAACAAUCGUUAUUUUUGUAAUUUAAAAACUUUUUAUAUAUACAAUUUACCUGGAGUCGUACUGUUUCUUUCCUAAUUUAGUGCCAUUUAAUAUUU